UGGGUAUUUGUGUCUCAUGUCAUCACUGAAGACUGUCCGUGCUAUCCCGUGUUCAGAGGAAGUCCUCUCUCUUUCUUUCUCCUCUUCUUCUCUCACUCUUCCCCUCUCUCUGUCUCUCCCCCUCUCUGUCACCCCCGCUGUGCUUCUCUCUGGGCUGACUGUUUUUCCCCCUUUGCGUCUGCUUGACGGGUGAGGAGUUCCACUGGGUCUGCCAACAAAUGUGGAAGGCUAAGUCGCUGCGUCAGGAGUGGAGCUAAAGCCUAACGUCUGAGAAGCACAUGCCUCCCUGACUGCCGCCAGCGCGCUCCCCAUUUGCUUACAGGCUUCAGGAUAUCCACUCGGUGAAGAUGUAGUCCAUUUGGCUGCCGUGGCGAUGUCUCUAAACAGGGCCUCCUCUUGUCGCCGCCCCACUGCCCUGUUGCCAUGGCUACUGUGGACUCUGUGGGUUCUACUCCUCCCCUCAACCGUUGCCUCGACCACGGGCCCCGGCAACAGCACCCUGCUCUUCGACAGUGUCACCCGCGGCAACAGCACCCUGCUCUUCGACAGUGUCACCCACGGCAACAGCCUGCGGAACUGCAGCUGCUCCGCCCACAUCCAGGACUGUGACGAGGCGUUGGCCAACCUGCUGUGCAGCUGCCGAACCGUGUCGUACUCAGAGCUGACCCCUGGGGGCCUGAGGGAGCAGGGCAGCCUGACCAUGUGGCUCAGAGAGCCCUGGGUCCUCACAGAGCUGCUGAGCGGGAGUGUGGUGCCAGACCUGCGCCUGUCCUACUGUGGACCCGGGUCCCUGGCCAUCCCCACCCAGUACCUGGCCCUGUUCGGUCUCCGUAGGCUGAGGGUCCACAGCGCUGCCCAGGGGGCCCCACACCCGGAGCAGGUCCUAACAAUCGCCUCUGGGACUGGGGAUAUAGAGAGGAUGGGAUCCCUAGCCUCCACUGACCCCUCUUCUUCUGCCCUCCAUGUAUCCUUCCUGGAUGUGGCGGUGCUUAACGGCUUGUCGUCCCUGAAGGCCUACAGUGUGAGCGCCCCUCCCAUGCCUACCCUCUCCCAGUACUUCCCCCACCUGCCCCUGUACCCCUCCACCCCUCUGGACCAGCCCCCGGACCCCCAACAGGACUGCCUCUUCACCUUCAUCUACUAGACCUAUAGGCUCUGAGCAGAGAGCAGGGCUGGGCCAGUCCCUCAGCUAAAUAGAUCUAUGAAUACUAGACUGGGCUGGAUGGAAGAGCUCCAUUCACCCAGAUGUUACUGAAUGGGCUUGAUGUGUAGAGAGCUCUGCUGCAUGUGGUUCUAUAUGGUGCGUUUCUACGCUGCAGGAAAAAAACAAACACUAUUUCAAUGUCCUCAAGAAGACUCUGGACAAGACAAGACACACACCAUCUCUGAGAACAAGAUGGAGGCAUCUUCUCAGUAUCGAUGCAAGAGCGAGACAGAGAGCGAGACAAGGACGGCAUCCGUCUGCUCCUCUAAGGACUAACAGAAAGCUUGUAGGCCUGCUGUUAUGAAUGCUAUCUGACAGUUAGCUUUGCCAGCUGCUCUUUUCUUCCAGUUAUCGGGUGCAGAUGGCUUUUUAAAGCAUCUUGUUUUGAAACAGGUUACCAUAGCUGCCCUAUAAAUGGGCAUUCCUGGUUAGAACCCUGUUGGAUCAUCAGGUCAUGUGACCGUUCUUAGUUGAACUGUACAGUUGUGGACCCACCUUAAGCUGGACUUGGUUGGGUCUGGUGUAAAAGCCUUCUGGACUGGUGUGAUCUGGAGACUGGUCCGUCCGGCAUCACUCUGUUUCUGGUGUUCUUGAAUACAGGGUUGUCCUGGAACGGCCCUGGAGAAAAGUUAAGUGGUCUCAUCCCUAUGUUU